CCACCUUUGUACCUCAUAAAUCAAUGACUUUUUAUCAUUCUAGACACAAAGUGGAAGAGAGAUUUCUCAUUUACAUUUAUAUUUUUGCUCGUCUUAAAUACUGCUGAUUUGGCAGACUGUACCUGUGCCACCUACAAAUGGAAAUUAAGAUGAAGUUGAACUCAUACAAUUCUCAUUUGUGACCCGACUACUGGGGGUUAGAAGACUACUGAAAUAUAAGCCACUUCUCUUGCUUUUAUGGAGUUGAAAAGGAAAUGGAGAGAUUAGUGAAGGGUCUGAUUAAGAUGAGGAAUAAGGGAGAAAUAGAGUAAAUUUCCUACGGGGCUCCAUCCCUCCCUUUAUAAACAUUUAUUAAUCUUGUACUAUGAAUCAAUUAUUCUAAAGAGGAAAGGAGGAAAUAGCCAAGUUACAUACACAUACAGUCCUUUAUUAUAAUAGCUUUUGUGAACCAACAUCAUCUUUUAGAAUUUUAAAAAUUCUUUAAGUUUACGUACAGUAUGCAGUUAAAUACGCAGCCAGGAAAUUUGAUUUCUCCUUUCACUUCAGAAAGUAUAUAAAGCCACCACAAGAGAGUCAUCAUCCCCCGAGCUUUUGGAGAUCAUUGCUUGCAGGCCAACAUUUGCAUUAAUUCAUAUUAAGAGCCUGAUAUCUUUGUUAUAAUCAAAACCUAUUCUUCCCGGCCUGCUCGCCCCUUCCUCACCUUAAUGAGAAUAUAAAAAACUAGUUAUACUUGGCAAACAGGAAGGGAGAUAAAAAAGGAAGGAAGGAAGAAGCGAGGUAGGGAGAGAGAGAGGACGGGAGGGGGACAGACCCAGGGAGCGAGAGAAAUGAAUGAACUGGAGAUGCUGUCUUUUCCCCGCUAGUUUCGCCGGUUUCCCAGCCAGCCUCUCAGCGCCGGCUGCCUCCCGCUGCUCCGCAGGCUCGGUCCGCCCCGGCCCCGCCCCCGAGCGUCGGCGCCCGGCAGGCCGCGGCCGAAGCCUAUCUCUUUAAGUGACAGCUGUGGCUCCAGUCCCAGUACCCGGCUUGACGUCAGUGCCGCCUGGUGGGCUGCGAGGAGUAGUUGGCGCCACCGUCCGCGCUCCGGGCUGGCGGCGCGCUCUCAAGCUGCUGGGGCGGCGAGUUUUCUUUGCCGCGGCCCCUCCUCUCGCCCUCCCCGCGGAGAGCCGGGCACCAGCCGCUGAGCCUCUGGCAAGUCUCCCUCACACUUCCCCGCCGUCGCCCCAAAGGAGCAGUCGCUCCUCUUUGUCUCCCACCGCCGCUGCCGCUCCCGCGGAGCCCUUCUCCCGCGCGUCGCUCCUCCGAUGGAGCUCGGGCGCCGCCGACGCCGCCGCUGCCCCAAGCCCUGAGCCCGACCGCCCCGGCCGGAGGAUCGCGCCGCCCGGCCCGGGAGUGCAGGGUGCCCCGGCGCACGCUGAGGCCCGGGGGUCGCCAGGGCUGCGGGGCGCGCGCUCCGGCAACCAAAAAGUACUGCUGUCUCGGGUCACUUGGUCAGCGCCGGGGGAGAGCAUGGCACUGAAGGACACGGGCAGCGGCAGCAGCACCAUCCUGCCCAUUAGCGAGAUGGUCUCCUCGUCCAGCUCGCCUGGCGCGGCGGCAGCCGCCGCCCCGGGGACCUGCGUACCGUCGCCCUUCCCCGAGGUAGUGGAGCUGAACGUGGGCGGUCAGGUCUAUGUGACCAAACACUCGACGCUGCUCAGCGUCCCAGACAGCACUUUGGCCAGUAUGUUCUCGCCUUCCAGUCCCCGGGGCGGCGCCCGGCGCCGGGGAGAGCUGCCCAGGGACAGCCGGGCGCGCUUCUUCAUCGACCGGGACGGCUUCCUCUUCAGGUACGUGCUGGAUUACCUGAGGGACAAGCAGCUGGCGCUGCCCGAGCACUUCCCUGAGAAGGAGCGGCUCUUGCGCGAGGCCGAGUUCUUCCAGCUUACCGACUUAGUGAAGCUGCUGUCACCCAAGGUCACCAAGCAGAACUCGCUCAACGACGAGGGGUGCCAGAGCGACCUGGAGGACAACAUCUCGCAGGGCAGCAGCGACGCUCUGCUGCUCCGUGGGGCAGCGGCCGCCGCGCCCUCGGGCCCGGGAGCGCACGGUGGCGGCGGCGGGGGCGGCAGCGCGCCGGACAAGCGCUCCGGCUUCCUCACGCUGGGCUACCGGGGCUCCUACACCACCGUGCGCGACAACCAGGCGGACGCCAAGUUCCGGCGUGUGGCGCGCAUCAUGGUGUGCGGACGCAUCGCGCUGGCCAAGGAGGUCUUCGGAGACACGCUCAACGAGAGCCGCGACCCGGACCGGCAGCCCGAGAAGUACACGUCCCGCUUCUACCUCAAGUUCACCUAUCUGGAGCAGGCGUUCGACCGCCUGUCCGAGGCUGGCUUCCACAUGGUGGCGUGUAACUCCUCCGGUACCGCUGCCUUCGUCAACCAGUACCGCGACGACAAGAUCUGGAGCAGCUACACCGAGUACAUUUUCUUCCGACCAUCUCAGAAAAUAGUGUCACCUAAACAAGAACACGAAGACGGGAAACACGACAAAGUCACAGAUAAAGGAAGUGAGAGUGGGACUUCGUGUAACGAGCUCUCCACCUCCAGCUGUGACAGCCACUCGGAAGCCAGCACGCCCCAGGACAACCCGCCCAACGCCCAGCAGGCAACAGCUCACCAACCUAACACCUUAACUCUGGAUCGUCCCUCCAAAAAGGCCCCCGUGCAGUGGAUGCCCCCCCCAGACAAACGCAGAAACAGUGAACUCUUUCAGACCCUCAUCAGCAAGUCCCGGGAAACAAAUCUUUCCAAAAAGAAAGUCUGCGAGAAGCUAAGUGUGGAAGAAGAAAUGAAAAAGUGUAUUCAGGAUUUUAAAAAAAUCCACAUUCCAGAUUAUUUUCCAGAGCGCAAACGCCAGUGGCAGUCGGAACUGUUACAGAAAUACGGGUUAUAGUGAUGGUCACACCCUGUGGUACUAAUGACAUUCCACAUGUACUGCAGUGUCACCACCUGGCUGAUGGCCCAACAAUGGCCAGUUGUGAUUCUUGCUGCUCUUCCUUUUUGUGAACAGUGGAUGUGAGACAGUAUUUUCUUUCAUUUUUUUUGUUGUUGUUUUUAGAAACAUGAUUUUUAAAAAAGGGGGGAAAUAAAAUCAAUAAAUGUUAAAUCAAAAUGGCCUAUCUGAUUCAAACCAUUUUGCAAGAAUGAAAGUGAAAUGUGCAUGAUCAAGAAGCUUAGAAUCUUGAUUUUUGAACUGUGGUCAACUGAACCUUUUUUUCAUGUAUCAACUCACCAAAAACAAACCGUCCUAUCACAUCAACUACAAUGACAGUGUGGCUGAAGGCACAUCAAAUAAAAUUUUAGGUGAUGGUUUUAGGAUCCAAAUCUAAAACUGUCUACAUGUUAAUGUAAUAAAACAACUAUUAUUUUUGCAUGAGCACAAUAUUACCAAUAACUCAUAAGAAAUAGGGAAGAUCUGUUUGUUGCUUGGAAAGAAAAAAAAUACAAAAAAUAAACCAAAAAAAAAAAAAAAAGCCUAUAAAUGUAAUCUGUCUAGGAGACUGAAUUUUCUUUGUUCUGGAUCUGUGAUUUUUCUGUAUACGUGUAUGGUGUUGAUGUAUGUUAAGAUGGUGUAAAUAUGCCUUAUACUGUUGUGUUAUGGCACCAACAUUCAUCUAUUAAUGCUAGCUAUGAUUAUUUCUGCAAAAUGAGUCUUUUACAUCAGGCUGUGAAGAUUGGAUAAUGAUGCUCUCAUAGAUCCUAUUAUCAUGUUAAUCAAAAUAAUUGAGGGGAAUGGUAAAGAGCUUUAUGUAUUUAUUAAAAAAAUGAAAA